AUGAACGUUUCUACUGGCUUUGACAAGUUCAGAGAUGCUUAUUCGUUUCUGGGCUCAGCUUAUCCGCCUGUGGUAGAAGUUUCUGCUCAGCAACCAUUGAUUCCAUGGCUAAGUGACGGUCAGUUGGCGUUGGCUCUGCCCGUGGUGGCCUACUGGGCGUUUUCCAUGGUCUUCCACACGAUAGAUACGUGGCAUCUCGCCGAGAAGUUCCGUAUCCAUCCUUCGGAGGAAGUACAGACCCGAAACCGGGUUAGUCGGAAGGAGGUGUUAAGUGAAGUUUUGUUGCAACACGUUAUUCAGUCUGUGACGGGAGCUGCGAUGUUGUAUUUCGAUCCGCAGCCUUCUACGGGUUUUGAAAAGCGCGCGAUGUGGGACUGGAGACACAGCUUGCCCGCGUGGGUACCCAGCAGCGUGAUAUUUCUGUGGUACUCAUACGGAAUGUCGUUGCUCAAGGUGUUUGUUGGGUUUUGCAUCAUCGAUUCGUGGCAGUACUGGCUCCACAGGCUCAUGCACACGAACAAAACGCUCUACCGCCUGUACCACUCCAGACAUCACCGCUUGUACGUACCGUACGCUUACGGCGCGCUCUACAACUCGCCUACAGAGGGUUUUUUACUGGACACGCUAGGAACCGGCAUCGCCGCCAUAGUAACUGGACUAACGCACCGGGAACAGGCGCUGCUGUUCACGUUUGCUACACUAAAAACGGUGGACGAUCACUGUGGUUACGCUCUUCCAUGGGACCCGUUCCAGUGGCUAUUUCCUAACAACGCGGUAUACCACGACAUUCACCACCAACAGUUUGGUAUCAAGACAAAUUUUGCUCAACCUUUCUUCACGUUGUGGGAUAAAGUGUGCGGCACCAAAUUUCACGGUUUCGAGCAAUACGAAAAGGCCCAGAGACGCAUCACCAUCGACAAGUACAAGGAGUUUUUACAAGAACGGGAAGCUGAAAAACAAGCGAGAAUCAGCAAAGGUUUUGGGUCCAAGAAGGAAAACUGA